GGCGGGUGCAGAUUGGCGCCGACUGGACCCGAGCGGCCCGUCUACACUCACCGGGCUGGGACCCGAGCGGCCCGUCUACAUUCACCGGGCUGGGACCCGAGCGGCCCGUCUACACUCACCGGCAUUCACCGGGCUGGGACCCGAGCGGCCCGUCUACACUCACCGGGCUGGGACCCGAGCGGCCCGUCUACACUCACCGGGCUGGGACCCGAGCGGCCCGUCUACACUCACCGGGCUGGGACCCGAGCGGCGGGGGUCCGGGCUGACAGUCCCGGCGGGAGGGGGUGAGCGGCGCUGAGGUGACCGAUUACUUGAAGAAUUGAAAAGGACAUUACAAGAAUUUUGGGCAAGUUUUAUGUAUCAAAUCAACUUUUUGUGGCAUCUUCAGCUCCUUCCUACACAAAGUUUUGUAUAGUUUGGAGAGAAAGGAUGAAGCCGCGCUUGAGAAAUAGUCAACAUUCCCACAACCUUCACUUUUAUGGAAUCUCUAUUUAUUUGCUCAGUUAAAUUUGUGACAUUACGUGGUAUUGAUAUUGUGGCUGAACCUACAGUGGAUAUGUUGAGCAUCACUACAUUAAGCAGCUGAAUGGAUGCAAAUGAUAUUUUGGUUAGCCUUCAUGAACACCCGUAUCACAUCCGUUAUAGAAUGGAAGCGUCCUGCUUGGAGCUAGCUCUAGAAGGUGAACGGCUUUGUAAAGCAGGCGACUGUCGAGCUGGUGUAUCCUUUUUUGAAGCAGCAGUUCAGGUUGGAACAGAGGAUCUGAAAACUCUCAGCGCCAUCUACAGUCAGCUUGGAAAUGCGUAUUUUUAUUUGCACGAUUAUUCGAAAGCUCUGGAGUUCCACCAUCACGACCUCACCCUAGCAAGAACAAUUGGUGACCGACUGGGUGAAGCAAAAGCCAGUGGCAACCUUGGCAACACCUUUAAGCUUUUGGGACGUUUUGAUGAAGCUGUAGUUUGCUGCCAAAGACAUUUGGAUAUUUCAAGAGAGCUCUGUGAUAAGGUGGGUGAAGCAAGAGCACUGUAUAACCUGGGCAAUGCAUACCAUGCCCAUGGUAAAUCCCUGGCUUGUGCAGAAGCACAAGACCCAGGCAACUUUCCAGAAGAGGUGAUGAACGUUUUACAGAAAGCUUCAGAAUACUAUAAGGAAAACUUGGUAAUAGUUAAAGAGCUUGGAGAUCGAGCAGCUCAGGGACGGGCUUAUGGGAAUCUAGGAAAUACACAUUAUCUUUUGGGGAACUUCAGAAAAGCAGUUAGAUCUCAUCAACAGCGCUUAGAAAUUGCAAAAGAAUUUGGAGAUCGGUCAGCUGAAAGGCGAGCAUGCAGUAAUCUGGGAAAUGCCCACGUGUUUCUUGGUGAAUUUGCAGUGGCUGCUGAAUAUUACAAGAGAACGUUGUAUCUUGCUCGACAGCUAAAGGACAGGGCUGUCGAAGCACAAGCCUGCUACAGUCUUGGAAACACUUACACUCUCCUUCAAGACUAUGAGAAGGCCAUUGAAUAUCAUUUGAAACACCUUAUGAUAGCGCAAGAGCUUUCCGAUAGGAUUGGAGAAGGGAGAGCUUGUUGGAGUUUAGGAAAUGCCUACACUGCAGUUGGAAACCAUGAACAAGCUGUGCAUUUUGCAGAGAAACACUUUGACAUUUCAAGAGAGGUAGGAGAUAAAAGUGGUGAACUGACAGCCCGAAUGAAUCUUUCAGAUCUUCAGUUGGUGUUGGGUGUCAGUUACAGCACAAACAACUCUAUGUUAUCCACAAGUCAUGAACUGGAUUAUAACUCUCAAGGUGCUCGACCAAGACCGGACCUUUGGCAGAGUAUGGAGAAAAUGGAAUUACUGAAGUUAUCAGCAGAAAAGGGUCAGAGUUGGAAGAGUGAGACUCUCACGAAACAGAAACCUACCCUUUGGAAGCAAUCAACUAAGUUGCUGUUUACAAAUCGAUUCAGGGGAAAAAAGCAUAAAAGUAACAGUUCAUCUGCAAAAGUUCUUAAAGAUACCAGUAAUUCCAUGGUGAAAAAUGACGGCAAAGGUCAUGUCCCACAAAAGAAGAUGGGUUCAAGUAUGGCUGAUGAAAGCUUCUUUGACUUAUUGAGUCGGUUCCAGAGUAAUCGAAUGGACGAUCAGCGAUGUUCAUUGACAGUCAGGCAGAGUUGUGCAAUGAAGGCAGUGCCUGCCUCAUCUGCACCAACAAAACCCGUAGCUCACUCCACGUCAGUUGUCUCAACACAGACCGAAGAGUUUUUGGACCGGUUUGCUGGUUCGCAGAGCCGUCGAUUAGAUGAUCAACGUGCGAGCAGCGGCAGUCUUCCUGGCUUGCGACUGAAGCAGGAUAAUAGCCACACUGUUGACAGCCAUUUGAUCAGUGGUGACCGCAAGCAUCCAGACGAUCCUUUCUUUGACAUGCUCUUAAAAUGUCAAAGCUGCAGGCUGGAUGACCAGAGAAGUGCACCGCCUCAAUUUGUACAUAAAUGUGUAACUGUUCCUGACGAAGACUUCUUCAGCCUGAUCCUUCGAUGUCAGGCCAGACGAAUGAAUGAACAACGUGUAACACUUCCUUCACGUGAGGAGACCAAGAGGAAUUCAUCCCACUGAAAUAAAGGCGUAUUUAUCGGCAAUUAAAAUGCCAAGUCUUCAUAAGGAAUGAAUGGGAGUGGGUAAAAUUCACAAUGCACUUUGGUUUGUUAGCAACCUGGAUUUUGGCCGAAAGUUUACUUUGAAUUCUCAAUUGCUUGAGGUUUUUUUUUUUUUAACUGUCCUGGAAAUAUUUCACAGGAAUGUAACUUAGCAGAAGGUUCUAAAGACAGUAAACUGGAAACAUCUCGGUUCCUUUGCAGUCACACGGCCUGAUUGAAGAAUAUGCCAACAUUAUCGAUCAGUUGAAAGCACUUCAUCUUCAGAUGAUCCUAACAGGAAUAGGAUUAUCUUCAUUUGUAGUUUUACAUGUUGUAGAUGGAGAAAUGUUGAGUUACCAGCAAACAUAAUUAUGUUCUAAUUAGCAGAAAAAUGUACACUACUUAUUUUGGGGUCUUCCGUGACUUUUUUUAAUCAAUAACUACAGAAAAUAAUUGAUAUUUAUAAAUGGAACUAUUUUCAAAUGUACAAAAGUGUAGCCUUAAUUAAGUCUUGUGCUGGCAGUCUUGGUUUUAAUAGUCAGAGUCUCACAGCGUGGAAACUUGCCCACCCCAGCCAACAUGUCCCGCCUAACUGCUUUUGGCCCAUUUCCUCCUAUUCUGUCCAAAUAUUUCUUAAAUGUUGCAAUAGUACCUGCCUCCUCUGGCAGUUCUUUCCAUACACCUACCACCCUUUCCGUGAAAAGAUUACCCCUCAGAUUCCUAUUUAAUCUAUCCCCCCCUCACAUUAAACCGAUGUUCUCUGGUCCUCGAUUCCUCUGCUCUUGGCGUAUACCCGAUCUAUUCCUCUAAUGAUUUUAUACACUAUAAGAUCACCCCUCAUCCUCCUGCACUCCAAGGAAUAGAGUCUCAGCCUACUCAACCUCUCCCUAUAGCUCACACUCUCUAGUCCUGGUAAUAUCCUUGUAAAUCUUCACUGCACCCUUUACAUCUUACCUAUAACAUAGUGUACAUAACUGAACACAUUACUCUAAAUGCAGCUUCACCAACGUCUUAUACAACUGCAACAUGACCUCCCAACUUCUAUACUCUGACUGAUGAAGGCUAAUGUGCCAAAAGCCUUCUUGACCACCCUAUCUACCUGUGUGCACUUUCAACGAACUAUGUACCUGUACUCCUAGAUCCCUCUGCUCUACAACACUCCCCAGAGCCCUACCGUUCACUGUGUAUGUCCCGCCCAUGUUAGUACUCCGAAAAUGCAACCUCACAUAUCUGUAUAAAAUUCCAUCAACUAUUCCUCAGCCCACCUGCCUAACUGAUCAAGAUCAUGCUGGAAGUUUUGACAACCAUCUUCACUAUCUUCAAUACCACCUAAUUUGUGUCAUCUGCAAACUUGCUAACCAUGCCGCAUACGUUCUCAUCCAAAUCAUUGAUAUAGAUGAUAAACAGCAAUGGGGCCAGCACCGAACCCUGAGGCACACCAUUAGAUACAGGCCUCCAGCCCUCUUUCUUCUUCCAUAAAGCCACUUUUCUAUCCAUUCAGCUAUCUCCCCUUAGAUCCCAUGAGAUCUAACCAUCCAGAGCAGCCUUAUUGUAUGUCUAUGUAUCCAACGUCUACAGCUCUGAACUUUUUGAAGAUGUGACCAAAAAGGUCGAUGAAACCAAUCAGAUUUGUGUCAUGAUGACCUCCCACAUACAAAACCAUGUUGAUUCUCCCUAAUCAGCCCUUGUCCAUCUAAAUGCAUACAGAAUACUCUGUAGUAACUUUCCGGCCACUCAUUGGCCUGUAAUACCCAGCUUUUACCCUGCAGCCCUUCUUGAAUAUAGCACACUCUUUUAAAACAUCCCACUUUCCCGACGUUUCUUUUCCAUCAAACAACCUGCUCCAAUAUACUUGAGCGAGUUCCUAUCUCAUACCCUCAAAGUUGGCCUUUCCCCAAUUUAGCAUUUUAACUCGUGGGCCUGCUCUGUCCCUAUCCAUAAUCAUCUUAAACCUAAUAAAACAGUGGUUGCUGGUCCCAAAUGGCUCUUCCACUUGCCCCUCUCAAUUUCCCCAGACUCGAUCAAGUGUUGCAUCUCCUGUAGAUAUACAAAAAGCUGGAGUAACUCUGCAGGUCAGACAGCAUCUUUGGAUAAAAGGAAUAGGUGACCCUUCUUCAGACUCCGCAUCAGCAGUUCCUUGCCAUCUCCCGUGUCGGGCCCUAAAAAUAUUGCUGGAGGAAACUUUCCUGAACACAUUUGACAAAUUCCACCCCAUUUAAACCUUUUGCACUAUGACAUUCCCUAUCAAUGUUGGGAAAAUUAAAAUCGCCUACUACAACAACCUUAUUAGACAUGUAGCUGCCUGCAAUCUCCUGGCAUAUUUGUUCUUCUGAUUCCUGUUGACUAUUUGUGUGCCUGUUGUACACCUCCAACAAGGUGAUCAUCCCUUUCUUGUUCCUCAGCUCCACCCAUAUAACCUCACUAGACACACCGUUUGUAAUGUCCCCUCUGACUGCUACCAUGACAUCCUCCUUAACCAAUAAUGCAUCCCCCCCCCCCCCCCCCUCUUUUACUCUCACCUCUGUCCAGAAGCACCUCUACCAUAGAACAUUGAGCUACCAAGUGGUGGUCUUUUUACUCUUUCUCAGUUUCAAGGAACCUACUUUAAAUUGUACAGAAUUUUAGGGCUUUCUCUGUAAUUGUAUCGGAAAGAAAUAUGAUUAUUCUUGAUAAACAUUUAUUGCUGAAUUAUGCAUUAAUAAUGUCAGUGUGACUGAAAAUGCAGUAUUUGUUGUAGUGCUUGGGAAUGUGUGACAAUUUUGAAAAUGAAGUUUAGCUUAAUGCUUUGAAUUCAACUCCUGAUCAUUUAUUGUAUCCUUGAUUACAAUUGGGGAAUAAAAUGUAUACAUUUUAGUAGUACAGUUUUGAACAUCAUUAUCAAAAACAUAAUUGUGUGGAUAAACUUUAGAAAUAUGUAUGUAGAAAAGCAAGAGAUUGAGUUUUAAAUUUAAAUUAAAAUGUUUACCACUGGAUUAAGAAAUUGUUAAUGAUGUAUCUUACAAAUGUUCAAACAUUCCCAUAAUUGAUUUAUUUUGCACUGUAAACUUAUUUCUUGAGUCUUAAUUUUCCAAAAUACAUAGCAGUAGGAGUUGAUUAUUGAACAUUAAAAUGUCUGACCUAUUGUGCAGUAAAGAUUUACAGAGGAUCCCAAGCUUGUGAUUUUGGAAAAUAAAUUACUCAUUGACAUAGCUUCACUGAUAGUUGAAUAGCUUAAUAUUCACUGAAUAGCUUAAUAUUCACUUAAUAACAGUAGUAUAGUGUUACAAGCUGCGUUUGUAUUCUUGGAUAAAUAAUGACAGUGAAUUAUCUUAUGUUUCAGUGCAAACAGAUGUACAUUUUUUCAAACAAAGUAGGGUGCUAAUCUGAAAUCAUGACAUUUGUUACAUCUACAGUAAAAAAAAUAAGAA